CUGGGUAAGAUACAAGUUGCCUCCUGUCCCAUUUUAUGGUUUGGUCGCUCCCGCUGGUUGGGUGUCUGUACUCUGUAUAUACCAAUUCUUGACGUCAACGAUGACAUCAUCAAUCCCCUGAUUUUCGAUUUUUCCGUCGUUGUUUUGCUUGCAUAUGCUGUCAAGAAGAGCUUCAUCCCCUGAUUGCAGGUAGAAGGUUCAGUCUUUUUAAUUCAUAUACUUCAGUUUAUUACUGCUUCCGGAUGGAGCUGCUGUGUAUUCAAGACGAGAAGACUGCCCUCACUCCAGUUGAGCGCAAGAUUUGUGUAUAUUACUCGGAAUUUCAUGGAGGAAAAUUCGGAAAGCUUUGGGUAUUUGGUCCAAAUUACAGGAGAUUUGGUACCGAAUUCUCAGAGUGUGUUAAGGAGGAAGCUAUGGAACGCAUACGGAGCAACUCACAAGUUUCUUUUCAAGGAGUUAUGAAUGCUAUAGGAAAUAUUGAGUUAGAAGUAAGAGGUGCUUAUGCUGAUAAUGCGUUGAAUGACUUGACCGUGCUUGAGUUUCAAUAUUUAAUGAUAAAAGAUGGUUGCUUCUUUCUCCUUCUGGCAUUCUCAAUUCUUGGAGCCGAUCCACAAAAAUUAAAGUAUGCAGAGAAUCAUCCUGUUUUUGGCGUAGGAUGUGCCACUGAAUACAUGGACAACAUUAUAGAGUCCAUGUUCUUUGUUGGAAAUCAAAUCCCACUCAUAGUACUGGAGCAACUUAUGCACCUUGAUAUCUUUCAAAGAAUGAAAGCUACAAUUGGAAGUAAGCAGCAGCAAUUGGGUUUGGCCAAAAGAACCCUGCAUAAGUUCUUGAUGGUUGAGCUGGUUCCAAAACCAGUUGACUUACUCCAUUGCCUCCAGAGCAUCAUGCUUGGCCCAAAAUGCAGCUCGAACGUAGCUGUGGGGAAAAAGGACGCUGACAUAGAGGACUGUGUUUCUGCUAGCAAAUUAUCUGAACAGGGUGUGAGAUUCCGAAAAUUAGGAGGAGAAUUGGGGAUCAGAGGAAUGCAUUACGAUUGCAAUAAGUUUUCAGCUGUUCUUUACUUACCUGAUUUGAGGGUUGACAGAUACACAGGUCUUUUAAUCAAAUGUCUUCUGAAAUAUGAGACUGUUCAAGAAUGCCGAGGGGUCGAACCUGAGGCAAGUUCCUACUUUAAGUUCAUGUCCGAGCUGAUUCAUAAACCAAAAGAUAUUGAAAUCCUUGUGUCUGAAGGAGUCAUUCAUGGAAGGUCAGAGAGAUUACAAGGACUUCUAAGUACUUUAGAUGGCAUGGCUUCAUCUGGAUAUAUGCACUCGGUUAAAAGAGAGAUUGUAAGAAAUCCCCCCUGGCAGUGGCAAAAGCCUCUAAAGUGCAUGCCUUUUAUUUGCUCGGCUUUAAUUGUUUUGUCCAUUAUGCAAAUGCACUAUAGCAUGCUUUCCUUCGACAAACUGCAAAAGCCUUGAGAGCUUACCAGGAGUUUCACAAGAGAUACUUAUGUACAUUAGGUGGCAUGUUUUAUAUUGAACUCCUGGUUUUAUGAAGAUUUAAAGGGUUUGUUGAAUUUUAAUGUUGUUAUUGUUGUGUCAGGAGUUUCAAGUACUUCAGACGGCAUGGUUUCAGCUGGGAACUAUGGAAACUGUGAAGGUGUAUGUGUUUGUGUGUGUAGCCAUAGAAACCAAUAAGUGCAAAGAGGUAAACUGAGGCGUUGGUCUUUUUAACUGAGGCUCAUCAUCCAAUGGCAUUAGGGUCUUCUCUAAACCACCUACCUCUUGUACAUGUACAUGUUUUAUUCACUCUCUCUUUAGCCAGUUUAUAGGCCGAGCAUUAUCCUUUUCUUUUUGACCUCAAAAUCUAGAAAAUGUAUCUUUAAGAUAUUUGAAUUUGCAGCUUAGAGCAUGGAUUGGUUACUUUGCUGAGUAUUUGACUUUACUCUGAAGAUUCUGAACUCAAA